AUGCUGAAGAGGAAUCAGCAAAAGGGUUUUGACUUUCUUUCACCAUCUGGGUUUCACAAUGCUGUGAGGGCCUAUGGCCUUCCAGAUGACAUUAUUCAACUGGAUACAUCAGCUCAGAAUAAUGUUCGUUGUGUCAUAUGGACAGCAUAUGGCGAUACCACACCAAUUGUGAUUAAUGGUGUAACAAAACAAGGUGGCCCUUUAUCUCCCUUAAAGUCUGCCCUCACCACAAGUCUUGGACAUCAUUGGAUUUCAGAGACUGCUGGGGUUGAUAUUGCCUCCCUUCGCUCUCGCGCUCUGGAUCCCCAUCUCCCAUCCGACUCUUUGAACAUUCGACUGACCAUGGUCGAAGCUACCAAUGAUUCUCUCCUCUUCGCACCAUCGCUCCCAGUACUACAGGAGAUUUGUCUGAAGAUGGAAAAGUUUCAAGCCGCAUAUGGUUGGCUUACAGCAUGGAACAAGUCAGAGGUGGUUAUCCUUAAUAGUUCUCAACCUAUUCCGAAUUCAGUCUCCCUCCCGUCCAUCAAUCCAACAGACCCACUAUCAGAUAAUAUCCAGUUUCAUGACGUUCCCACCUGUACUGAUCACAUCAACUUCCUAAAAGUCCCCAUUAAUGACCCGACAUCCCACUUCAAAUUCCUCUCUUCCUUAAUCUCCAACUUUAAGUUCCCCAAAUGCAAUCCCCCAAUUACUGUUCUCAGAAAAAUCAUAAACCAGGUUCUAAUAUCAAAAAUCCGGGCUCAUCUUUCUCUCCACCAAGUUUCACCCACUUCAGCUAAUUCUCUUCAAUCACAAAUCUCUUUACUUCUGCACUCCCAACUGCCAUUUCCAUUUCCACCUUCACUGGACAUUGUAUGCCUCCUGACUUCCAAUUUUGGGUUAGGAAUAACCUCAAUACGGCACCUCAACAAAUCCUUGGCCCUUUGUGGCCUUCUUCGUGAUCUGAAUCACCACAUUCCUGUCUUUCGAAAAAUGGCUUUGAUUUCUAUGGCUGAUUGGCAGUGUGCCUAUUGUCAUUGUAUUUUCCCUCUGUCUUCUGCUGGUCUAUCUUACAACUUUGCAUCCCAUCACUGCUCAUUGCCUUUUCAUUUCACCCUGGCACAACGCACUCUGAAGGACCUGGGUCUACAGGUACACCCUUCGGAUCAAUCUUACCUGGUAUCUGGUAACGUUUCAUUAUCACACAUUGCAAACCUUGCCCCUUCAGCCCCUCAUUCAUCUAUCCUCCAUGUCUAUUGCAGUACCCCUUUUGCAUGGCUCUCUAGUUGGGGUGUCUGGCGAUAUUCAGGACUUUCAUCACUUCCUCAUGUUUUUCUCCCAAAUGUCCCCAAUCCUUUUCGUCAGUUUGAUCCCCAGAACUAUAACUUUACUACAGUGACAGCUUGGUUAUCAUCACUCAACCUCUGGCAUCUGUCAAUUGGGCCUUCGGAGUUCACUGUCCCCCAGGAUGAGCGCCAAGUGUCAGCUGAAGAGUGUAUUUGUGCAGCUGCCCGGACUUUUGGCCAGCAGUCUUUGAUGGAGUUUUCAAGUGACAACUGUUGGGCCACUGAUGGUUCAGCUCUUCAUGGUUUGUACCCUUCAAUAUCUUGUGCAGUGGUGGGUCCUCUGUCAUUAUCACUUCGGAUCGCUGGGUGUGAUGGUUCAAGCCUCCAUGGUGAGGUGAUGGCUCUUAUUAUGGUGGCCGUCUUGUCACACCCCACUCCCACUGCCGUUGUGGUUUUCUCCGAUCAUCUGCACUUGAUCUGUUUAAUACAAGAUAUUCGUGCAGGCACAUUGCCUCCAAAUUUUUGGUCAUACAAGCCUGCUCGACCUUGGUAUCGGUGGUUGGAACAAAUUGUGGCAAACAACCAGAAUUUCUCCAUCUAUCAUGUGAAGGCUCAUACUCAGGAGCUUGAUGUCACUUUGAGGUUGAACAAUGCUGCUGAUCACUUGGCAGCUCAAGCUCAUUUCAACCUGUUGCAGUCACCACUGGCUCCCCUACCUUCAUUUUCGAUGGAUGACUUUGUGGCGUGGCAUCCAGGUUGUGGCUAUGUUGAUUCAAACCUGCUCUCUUAUUUCUCAUCUCGGUUUGUGUCAAUGUCCCACCAUGCAUUAGGGACACUCACAGUAGCCAAAACUACAAGAAAAGACACACAAGAGUUCCGAAAACUGAGACUUUCCCAGGAACUUUUGACCCAGACUUUUGUCACACUUUUGAGUACUGUAUGA